AACACCAAACAAAGAGGGAGAUCCACAAACUACAAUUACAAAACUAGUGAAAAAACAUCAGUGGACUGUCUCUCAGCUUCUUCCUCUGAGAGAGUUUGGUUAAAGCGGAAAUGGCUGGGUACAGAGCUGAGGACGAUUACGAUUACCUGUUCAAGGUGGUUCUGAUCGGAGAUUCCGGCGUCGGAAAAUCAAAUUUGCUCUCCAGAUUCACCCGGAACGAGUUCAGCCUCGAGUCCAAGUCCACCAUCGGCGUUGAGUUCGCCACUCGGAGCUUAACUGUCGAUUCCAAAGUCGUCAAGGCCCAGAUUUGGGACACCGCUGGCCAAGAAAGGUACCGAGCCAUUACAAGUGCUUACUACCGAGGAGCUGUGGGUGCGCUUUUGGUUCCCAACAUCGUGGUCAUGCUCGUCGGUAACAAAUCCGAUCUCCGUCACCUCGUGGCAGUCUCCACUGAGGUUGGGAAAUCCUUCGCAGAGAAGGAAUCCCUCUACUUCAUGGAAACGUCUGCACUCGAAGCAACCAACGUGGAUAACGCAUUCGCCGAAGUUCUCACUCAGAUUUACCACAUUGUGAGCAAGAAGGCCAUGGAAACCAGCAACGAUGUAGCUUCCACCGUUCCUUCCAAAGGCGAGAAGAUCGACGUCACUAAAGAUGUCUCGGCUGUCAAGAAACCCGGGUGUUGUUCGAGCUAGGACUUCAAAACCUACACCUAGAUCAUGAUGUGGCCGGUUUAUGUUGCUGCAUCGAUUGAUUUCUCUGUACACCAUUAUCGAUGUGUUGAAAUUCUUUUUCAGAUCCCUUCAGUAAGGGAGUUAGGCGGGGCACUGAUUUUUAUUGUAUUUCCAUAUAUUUUUUUUUCUCAUUUGGAACCGGUAUUUCAAUCAACUGAUGACAGAGAGCUUGCUUAGGAACAAGAUUUACUAGAUCUGUUGCGACAUUAAUUUGCUCACAGAAUGUUAUUAUUAGCUCUUCGAAUUCGUAGGAGUUGUCUGUAUUUUGAAAUUGUUCGUUGGACCCCAUUAGUCGAAAUAUAAAAGUAGCCUGGCAGUUUUCAA